UAUCAAAGCGGAGUUGAAUUCGCCUUGGUCGCGCCAGUAGGCUUCUGUCGGUCAGUUUCCCUCUUGACUUGAGCUGACCGUCGCCGUCGCCGACAGCGAUGGAGGAAGGUGAAGAAGGAAGGUCAAGCUUCCAAGCUAUUCGAGCUCUCGGAUCCCUGUUCAAGCUUACUGAAGUCUACAUAUGGGACGACGGCUCAACGGAGACGGUAGAAGUGUCCAUAUUCCCGGAAUCCAUUGAAUCGCCUCCAGAGAAGGACGAUACCACCUCCGAUAGUCCUGCAGUUGCUACUGAUUUUGGCCCUUCCACGGAGGAUGACGAAUUGAGCAAACAAAUGGAUGCUCUAGGGCUUCCCCUUGCUUUCCAGUCGAAUAAAAAGAUAAAGAAUAAGACCAACAAAGGCAAAAGAAAAGGGGCGGUUAUGAAGCAUGCUCACAAUCAUGACACCACUGCUAAUGAAUCAUUGAAAGUUUCCAAAGUGAGUGAAGCAGGGACUGUAUCUCCUACUGUUUUGCAUGAUAACGAAAGCAAUUCUAUAUGUUGCAUAUCAAUGCUGGGCACGAGUGAGUCAUGUUACUAUGAUGUUUCUGUGGAUACCAGCAAUUCUAAAGAUCUAUGUAUUGAAGAUUCCGAGAGUCCAACUAAGGUUCCUCCCGAGCCAAUGUUUGCUGAUCAGUGUGGUGAAUGUGAGAGGGGUCUGACUCUAUCAGGAACUAUUUACAUGACUAACGAUGACUAUGAUGAAAAGAAUACAAUUUCGGGCGGUUCAGAUGCAGCGACUCCAGACAUGGUUGAUGGCCCGAAAGAAGUUGUCGAUUUGAUGGAGAAGGAUUGCCUACAUGACUACCCUGUUGUUCACAAUCUUCAAGAGUGCGAGAACCACAUGGAGUGGCCUGAAUUUUCUAUGGCUGCAGUGCCCCAGGGUUCAGAAGUGCUUGGAGAUAAUGGGAUAGAGAGUCAUGACCAGAAUGGUGCUUUUGGGGAUUGGGCGGUAUACUGGGAUUCUUUCUACAUGAGGAAUUACUUCUAUAAUGCAAAAACAAAUAGCUCUACAUGGUCCCCACCCCCUGGAAUGGAGCAUCUUGUAUGCAUUAGUCGUACUAAUCUGUCAGAUGACGUGAUUGUUGGAGACUAUGGGAUAGACGGUGAUCCUUCUGUUUCCUGUGGCUUGUUGAAGUGUUCUGGAUCAUUUGAGAAACCUGCUAAUGAUAGUAGAAUAGCAGAUCAGCCAUCCAAUGAGGUCUGUGAUGGGGAUGGACUUGCUUCUGAAAGCACUUUGCUAAGCUUGACUUUCUCGACCAUCAAUGGCUGUUUGGAGAAUGCAGGCGAACAGGAGGGCAAUGAUAAAGAUUGUCUUGGUGAUAUUCCCCAGCAAACGGCUUUGGAGGAGCAUGGCAAUAUUAACAGUGUGAUCAACGAUGAUCUCACUGUGGAUGUUGUUAAGCAUAAGGAACAUAAAAACACUGAGAAUGAUGAGCCGGAUACUGAACCUGAUUUUCUUGUUAUCAAAAGACAUAGGAAAGGAAGAAGGAAGAGAACACGAUGUAGAUCUUCCAAGGAUAGUGAAGAUCUCCAAAGUCAAGUUGUUCCGGAGGAGCUUUCUGCCUCUCUUGAGAAGUACUGGUGUCAGCGAUACCUUCUAUUCUCUAGAUUUGAUGACGGUAUAAGAAUGGAUGAGGAAGGGUGGUUUUCUGUAACACCUGAGCUAAUAGCUGGGCAUCAUGCUCUGCAUUGUGUUGAUGACAUUGUUAUUGACUGCUUCGCAGGAGUUGGUGGAAAUGCUAUCCAAUUUGCUCAAUGGUGCCAACAUGUUAUUGCAAUUGAUAUAGAUCCACAAAAGAUGGACUAUGCCCAUCACAAUGCUACUAUCUAUGAAGUUGAUGACCAUAUAGAUUUCAUAAAGGGGGACUUCUUCAAUUUGGCACCAAAACUGAAGGGACUGGCUGACACAGUGUUUCUGUCGCCACCUUGGGGUGGCCCGGAUUAUGUUAAAAUGGAGACUUAUGACAUCAAUAUGCUUAAACCACACGACGGGUAUAUUCUCUUCAACACUGCAAAGCAACUUGCGCCAAAAAUUCUAAUGUUCCUCCCAAAAAAUGUCGAUCUAGAUCAGUUGGCCGAGUUGGCUCUAUCUGCUAAUCCUCCUUGGUCUUUAGAGGUAGAGAAGAACUUCUUGAAUGGCAGGUUGAAAGCAGUAACAGCUUACUUCCGCGACACAGCAGUUCAUGGACGAUAAAACCCCACUUGAUUUAGCACUGACUUUCGAGGAUACACCUCCAAAUUUGCCAUUAUAUCUAAGCAUAACAUUUAACAAGUAGCGGCUGAAGUUGAAUACCAGUGGUAGUAGGCUAGUAGCUUUGGUAACUUAUGGACUUGUGUGAGAAGCUGCUGUCGUACUGGUUGUAAGGAAAACUCGUGCUCAAACCAAAUUCUUGGAAAGCAGCCAACUUUAGAAAUUCAUCAUUGUUCAGAUUAACAAGCAAACCAAUUAGAAUGCCAAUGCCAGGCAGGCUGGUAGAGGAAGCAAGGAAGGAGGACGUCAACCUAUCAUCGUAGCAGGUAUAGUGAUAAAUAAGCAGUUAUCACAUUGGUAACCAAUGGUUACGGAGGCGAAAGAAAAGCAGCUAAGCUAUGAAUGCAGUGGUUGGAGCAUUUGGUUAUGAAGCUGAAACGGAUGGAUACACAUUUGAUUGUGCUCUGUUUCUGUUUGGAGAAAUCAAACAUUUGUCAGGGCCUCUCUGUUUUUGUGUGUGGUGUGGUGCGAGGGUCUUGUUAGGAAAUUGAAUCCUGAAAACGACCUGAGGCUGAGGUUGGGUUGGGUCAGUUCAUUAUGAAAGACAACCUGGCCGGCACCGGCUGCUACUCUUUUUGAAAUUUCUAUUGGUGGGUCAGUUCAUUAUGCAAAUUCUUAGAUACCUACUGACCCGACUGAACGAUGAGGAUUGGGUUGCGUCCGUUUGUUUACAAGGUCAGUUUAGAGUCUGGUCAUUUUUUAACCUUGUAAUGUCUGGGUAGGAUUGGGUCAACUUGGUACCGGGUCACUUUAAGUACUAUAAUUGCAAACUAAAAUGAUACAAAUGUGAUAAAAGUGUAACUUUAUCACCAAUAUUUAUAGACCUAAUUUGUAAAAAAG